AUGUCGGAGAUGGUAGGAUUGAGAUCAAGGGUGGGUGUCGAGUUGGUUCCUUCUCCUGAUAUCACGGAUCCUUCAUCACGUCUUUUGAUCUCAUUCCUCCCUUGGCUAGAGGUGAAUCUUCGAUAUAAUGAUGAUCGUGGUUGUCUUCAGAUAAGCAAGUGGAGCUCUUUGAUUGGCUCCAUGUUUUAUGGGGUGCCAAAGCUGAGAUUUACCUGGAGAUGGACUCGUGUCGCUAUUAUCAGGGUAAGCUUUAUCAACGGGAGGUUGAGCUUGUGGAGGCUCAUCCCCCUCCCGUAUCUGAAAAAACAUAUGCGGGAGCUUGCUGGAUUGCUCCCGGAAGAAGGGGAAAAUUUUGGUUCUAGCGAACCUGCCUCGUCUUCUCAACCAAGUGUUGGGACUACUUUCCUAGCCCAUUCUCCGGCCUCUGCUUCUGUAAAUAUUCAUGUGAUUGGUCAAGCAGGAAAAAUUACUACUCCUAUCCGGCGAAAACAAAGCGCGUGUGUGGUGCUGUUGUCGGACAAAGACACCGAAUCUGAUGGUGUAGGCCUCCGUCCUCAUAAGAAGAAAAACACAGUGUUUGUGCCCAAGCUUCUUGACGGUAUUAGGGAUGUUCUUUGCUAUGGGAUUUCUGCACCCGUGCGAAAAGAGAUAGUAGUGGUGCCUCGUUCUUCAAAGACAUCGGCUUCUUCAUUUAUUGACUCGCUCACGACUGAACUCGGUGCUUGUUCUGUCCUUAAAGGUGCAUUGGGUAUGUCACGAGGCUUUCCCCCAUCGGACAUACCUUACAUGGUUGAAAAAAUGAGGAUUGCGUCCCAUCCCUUGGCUUCCGAAGCUUACAUCCCAAUUUGGGCAGUUACUAAAGACUUAUUACUCUUGGAAUACAUUGCCACUUAG